AUGGCAGGAGAUCAAGCGCAAUUUUACCAAUUACUUAGCACAAUAUUGUCAAUAGAUAAUGAAAUUCGAUCCCAGGCAGAAAAAGUAUACAACGACAUCCCAACUGAAACAAAAGUGGUACACCUGGUAGGUGCUUUACAAAAUGCAGACCUUGGAGAAGAAUGCAGAGAAACAGCUGCAGUCCUUUUACGGAGGCUGUUCAGUGCGGAGUUCUAUGAAUUCUUCCCUAAACUACCAUUUGAACAACAAACUAUGUUGCGAGAGCAACUUCUCUUCACACUGCAAAUGGAAGUGAGCCAGUCGUUACGACGCAAGAUAUGUGAUGUAGUAUCAGAAUUAGCAAGAAACCAUAUAGAUGAUGAUGGUGUAAACCAGUGGCCAGAGUUCCUUCAGUUUAUGUUCAAUUGUGCCGGUGCACAGGACUCUAACAUCAAAGAAGCUGGCAUUAGAAUGUUUACAUCAGUGCCGGGAGUGUUUGGUAAUCGACAAAAUGAGAAUCUAGAUGUGAUCAAGCGUAUGCUGCUCUCCGCAUUACAACCAACAGAGUCUGAGGUGCUACGCAUGCAGGCUGUCAAGGCUGUUGGUGCUUUCAUUCUGCUUCAUGACAAGGAGCCUGCCAUACAGAAACACUUUGGUGAUCUCCUACUGCCCUUUAUGCAGGUUGUAGUGGAAUCUAUCACCAAAUCAGAUGACGACUCUGCGUUGAAAGUCCUCAUUGAACUGGCGGAGACUGCACCAAAAUUCCUUCGACCACAAGUGGAGUCAAUCUUCCAAGUAUGCAUAAAGGUUAUUGGCGACACUGAUGCUGAGGACAAUUGGCGACAACUAGCCCUAGAGGUGGUAGUGACACUUUGCGAAACAGCACCGGCGAUGGUGCGUAAAGUGGUGCCCAAUGCAGUGCGAAUGCUUACACCACUCAUAUUGGAGAUGAUGUGUGAACUGGAGGAGGAUGCUAACUGGUCUGUGCAGGAUAACGCAGCUGAUGAUGACAAUGAACUGAAUUAUGUUGCAGCCGAAUCUGCUUUGGACCGCAUGUGCUGCGGCCUUGGAGGCAAGAUCAUGUUAGGACUGAUUGUCAGCCAAAUCCCUCAGAUGUUGGCUUCGGAAGACUGGAAGAGACGUCAUGCGGCCCUAAUGGCUGUGUCAUCAGCUGGCGAGGGCUGCCAUAAACAAAUGGAACAGAUGCUGGACCAAGUUGUAUCAGCACUCCUAAACUAUCUUACGGACCCGCAUCCAAGAGUGCGUUAUGCUGCAUGCAAUGCAGUAGGACAGAUGUCAACAGAUUUUGCACCAGUAUUUGAAAAGAAAUUUCACGACAAGGUUGUGCCAGGCCUCCUGUUGGUUCUUGAUGAUAGCGCAAACCCACGCGUACAGGCUCAUGCUGCAGCUGCUUUGGUUAAUUUCAGCGAAGACUGCCCUAAGCCAAUCCUCACACAAUACUUGGGCCCGCUAAUGGGAAAGCUUGAAGCCAUACUUACUGCUAAGUUUAAAGAGUUGGUGGAAAGUGGCACAAAGCUGGUACUAGAGCAGAUAGUAACGACAAUAGCGUCGGUCGCCGACACAGUCGAGAAGGAUUUCGUGGAGUACUACGACAGAUUGAUGCCUUGCCUGAAGUACAUCAUCGCUAAUGCCACCACCGAUGAUUUUAAGAUGCUCCGUGGCAAGACCAUUGAAUGUGUCAGCCUUAUUGGCUUGGCUGUUGGUGAGGAGAAGUUCAUGUCAGACGCGUCGGACGUAAUGGACCUGCUUUUGAAGACUCACACUGAGGGUGACCAACUGCCCCCAGAUGACCCACAGACUUCAUACCUGAUUUCUGCUUGGUCCAGAAUUUGUAGGAUAAUGGGCAAGAAAUUCGCUCAGUACCUGCCUAUGGUAAUGGAGCCCGUGAUGCGCACGGCAGCAAUGAAACCCGAAGUUGCGCUGUUGGACAAUGAAGACCUGGAAGUGAUUGAGGGAGACCUUGAUUGGCAUUUCGUUACGCUGGGCGAGCAACAGAACUUUGGCAUCAAAACUGCAGGUCUUGAAGACAAAGCCUCCGCAUGUGACAUGCUUGUAUGUUACGCCCGGGAACUAAAGGAAGCCUUUGCUGAAUACGCGGAGGAUGUAGUCAAACUAAUGGUGCCAAUGCUGAAGUUCUACUUCCACGACAAUGUACGCACGGCGGCUGCUGAAUCGUUACCCUACUUGCUUGAAUGCGCACGUAUCCGCGGCCCUCAGUACAUACAGGGCAUGUGGGCGUACAUCCUACCUGAGUUGCUCAAGGCUAUCGACUCUGAACCCGAACAGGAAGUGCAGGUGGAGCUGCUCAACAGUCUCGCUAAGUGCAUUGAACUGUUGGGCACGGGAUGCCUGUCAGAUGAAAUGAUGGCGGAGGUUCUUCGCAUCCUAAACAAACUACUUACUGAACACUUCGAACGCGCCACCGAACGUCGAAAAAAACGCGCUGACGAGGACUAUGAUGAGGUGGUUGAAGAACAAUUGGCUGACGAAGACAAUGAAGAUGUGUAUGGUCUGUCCCGAGUAGCGGAUGUCCUUCACGCGCUCAUGUCUGCAUACCACGAAAGCUUUUUCCCACACCUCGACUCGCUGCUUCCCCAUCUCAUACAUCUGCUAGCUCCCGGAAGACCGUACGCCGACCGCCAGUGGGCAAUCUGCAUAUUUGAUGAUGUCAUAGAAUUUGGUGGUCCCGCAUGCGUAAAAUACCAAGACAUAUUCCUCGAGCCAAUGCUGAAGGGUCUGUGCGAGCCCGAGCCCGAGCUGCGGCAAGCCGCGGCCUACGGGUGCGGCGUACUGGCCCAGUUCGGUGGGCCGCAGUUCGCAAGCGCCUGCGCACGGGCCGUGCCCCUGCUGGCUGCACUUAUAGCCGAGCCGGACUCGCGCUCCGUUGAAAACCUCAAUGCUACCGAAAACGCCAUUUCAGCCGUCACCAAGAUCAUCAAGUAUAACCACUCGCAAAUCAACAGGGAUGAAAUUAUAAGGCAUUGGCUAACAUGGCUACCAGUAGUAGAAGAUACGGAAGAAGCGCCUCACGUAUAUUCCCUUCUCUGCGAAUUAGUGGCAAGCGGACACGCUGCGCUCGCGACAGCCGACGCUCCGCAACGAGUGAUCGCGACCCUGGCGGAAGCAUUCCUCCGCGACGCAGUACCUGAUGACAACCCCGUGUACGCGCAGAUGGUAGAGCUCGUAAGACAAAUAUCGAGUAACGCAGAACUGUUCAACUCGUGCCUGUUGCAGCUAAGCAGUGCACACAAGGAGGCGCUUAAAUUGGCUCUCUCCACCUAGUGCCAGCAUCAAAAUUCGCCGCUUGUAUUUAUUCACCUCUCGCCCGUCGCUCCCUCCCAGUGUCCCGCACCGCCUCUGACUCCAGUCACGCUCCCUAUAUGAGCCCAAAUCCUUUGACUAGAGUCUCUAUGACCGGUAAAUAAUAUGCUGCUAUUACUAUAUUGUAAUGAACUGAGGACAAAAUUAACCAAAAAAUUAUUUGUCUAUUAAACACAAGUUGUGUUUGGUAUCCCUAGGUAAAUUCGAACUUAGUUCGUUAAAACAACUGUAAAAUAUAACCUAAUGUAAUUAAUAUGAAAUAUUACCCUGUUUCCAUUCUGUGAAUUGUGUUCUUCGAUCUCGUGAAGUUUUUAUCAGUUGGGCUAAAAUUGCUGUGAUAUAUUUUAUACUAAUUUUGAUGAUCAGCCACACUAGCACCUCUGUAAAUAGACCCAUCAUGGUCUAUUUCUAAAAAUUUGGUCUUUUGUAAUGUCAAUAUUUGAAAAAAUUUAAUGUAGAUGGUCCAAUUUUGCUGUGGUUACAGAUGUAGUACUAUUAAGUUACUUAAUAGUUACUAUUAAGACUUUCUGUAAAAAAAUAUAAUAUUGCAUAAGUUUGGCAUGGUAACACACCCCCACCAUUAAACUGUAAUGUAAAGUGUAAAUUCACUAUUGUAGCAUCGAUAUGUGAUAAACGCAAGCCUUUCGAAACGCUCACUAUUUGUGCAUUUUACAGACAAAACGAAUGAAGGCCAGCAAAAAAGUCACAGUGGAUUGCAUUCUCGCUUGCGUUCUGAUAAUCUGAUUUUUUGUUUUAUGCCAGUAACUGACAUAAAACAAACACAUCUUGCCUGAGCAGAUUUUUUGAUAUUAUUGUCGUUUUGUCUUUUGCUAAAUUGUCUACGUUUCGUUUGCGACGAUUCGUAUAGCCUUUGUACGCCCUCUUUGCUUUGAUCUGUAUCUGGCAUAAGAAAAAGAAUAUCAAAAAUUCAGUUUCCAACAAAACUCCGAUAGUAGUAGUAAAUUUGGGGAGACCCUAAAUAUUUAAAAAUAAUUUUGUUUUACUCAUUGCUUGUGGCGUGCCGAGGCGUCGGGUAGGAUGUUGCACAUACUGUGUUCUCGUUAUUAUUGUUUUUGGGAAAUCGCAUUUUACAUUUCCUGAAAAAACGAUCUCUCAUCAAAUAUGUUCGAGCAUUUAUCAUAAAUGUGAAUUAAUUUAUUCAUUCAUUCUGUAAAAUUGGACUGUCACAUUCCCGUUUUUUAGUUUCGGCUGCGUUGGGAUCUUGGUAGUUGUUUCUUGCAAUAGACGAACGAUACCUGUCUGUUUCUAAGAAAUUAUUUUAUUCAUUACAUAUAUAUAAUAAUUCAUAUACAUUUCUUUGUUUAUCGAAA